AUGUGUAUUUUAGUAUUCCCUAGCUUCUCGAAAAAACCCCAAUUCAAUCCAAGAUUUUUAGCCACUGGAUGUAAUUUUAGAGCAUUGGCUCAACAUUUUAUGAGAGGUGAGACAACCGUUGGUAAAAUAAUUGCAGAAACGACAGAAGCUAUUUGGGAGUGUCUACAACCUACCUAUUUACCAGUACCAAGUUUAGAGCUAUGGAAAAAUAUUGCUGCACGUUUUUUUUCAAUACAACUAUUUGCUUGUGCAGAUGCAGACGGCUGUUUUAUCACUGUGUAUAUUGGAGAUUUGGGUAGAAAUAGUGAUGCAGGUGUGUUUAGAUUAUCUCGUUUGGGUAGAUGGUUAGAAAUUGGAGGAAUGAACAUUCCACAAUCAGAACUUUUACCAUACGACAACGAAGGUCCCAAUUUUUCAUCUUAUUUUUGUGGGGAUGAAGCUUUUCCUUUAAAAUCUUAUUUGCUACGACCAUAUCCACAGAAGACUUUAAACGAUCAAAAACGAAUUUUCAAUUACAGAUUAAGUAGAGGUAGAAAAUCAGUUGAAUGCGCCUUUGGAAUGAUGGUUUCCAAGUUCAGAGUUUUUGAAACACCAAUCGCGUGUUCUGAGUCAACUGUAAUAUCUAUUGUAAAAUGUGCCUGUGCUCUUCACAAUUACAUACGUAAAACUGAGGGAAAGUUAUAUGAAUCACAAAACAUGAACAAGCAAGAUGAAAUUAAUAUUCCCCAGCAUUUAGCACAACACCAACAAGCAGUUCAUAAUUUAUCGACAGCAAAUUCUGUGCGAGAAUAUUUAUCAAAUUAUUUUUUAAGACCAGAAGUUUCAUUACCGUGGCAGUGGAAAUACACAGUUGAACAAAACAUUUAG